ACCAGCUUCUUUAUCGCAGCCUCAAAUCGGCGUGGACUAUCUACAUCAAAGACAACCACCGCCAACUCUCUACCACAAACAGUCCGUAAGACCGCCUCCUUACCCUCCUCUCCCGGUAUCACUGCGGCAGUCCACCAAACUUUUACCACCGGCACCACUUGUACCCUCCCGUCCACAUCCCCGGACCGUCUUUACCUCGAGCAAGCCUCAGCCGCUUCGUCUCGUUCAGGAAUCACUCAACUCGCGCAAGCGCAAACCACCUGUCUUUUACGCCCAGCACACACGGACUCUGGUUCAGUCCGUGACUUACAUUACUAUCCACCAGGACUCUUCUUCUUCUUCUCUUUCCUACUCGCCAACCGCGACAACAACAACAACAACAACCUUCAAGAUGUCCAACGCCAACCCUACCAUGCCUAAGGUCUCUAACCUCCCCCCUGUCCCUGCCGGAGCCCGCUCAGGUUAUCUCUCCCCAACGAAGGAAGAAAUGCUCGCUGACCUUCGACACCAGCUCGACGACAACAACACUGACGGCUCCUCCGUCGACUCCCGCGGCCGUCGCCGCCGCAGAAACAAGGGCGCCCUCCAGAAGCAGGGCGGUCUUGCCGGCCCUCAGACCCUUCCCCGUCUGGCCGACACCAAGCCCGUCCGUCUCCAGCUUGGCUUGAACCUUGAUGUCGAGCUCGAGCUGAAGGCUAGACUGCAGGGCGAUGUCUCGCUUACUCUUCUAGUCGAAAACAAGACACCCCAGAAACGACCUCCAUCUUCCACCCAACUUCACCUCAACUCCUCCACCCACUCCGUCACCGUCGACGAACUCUUCCAUCUCCGGCUCGGCAGGCUCCGCCUGCAUCAGCGCUGGCUCGACCACGAUGUCAGCCCUAGCCUGACGGCCGCCGUGGCAGUCUUGAUUGGGAUGGGUGGGUUUUUGUGUGGGGUGUUGGUUUCUUCUGCGUCUUGCUGUUGUUGUUUCUCAUGGCCAUGGUCAUGGAUAUGGGUGGUGCAAUUGCUUUGGGACGUAAUGAUGAUCAACACCAUCUCCACGAUGGUUCCUUCUUGGAUGACGGGGAUGGCAACUACAAUGACAACGACAAUGAUGGAAAUGGGCUCAGUGGCGAUGGAAGCAGCAGCAGCAACAAUAACAACAACGUCCUGGUCAUAUUUCCAUGUUUUGCUUCAGCAGGGCUUGACAUCAGCGUCUUUCGAAUGGGUUGGCGUUACAAACAUCAUUGGGGUUGGGGUCAUGGGAUGAGUCCAGCUGGGGCCAAUCGGUUUCAUACCAUCCAUCCAUUCUCUGUUUUGGUCUGGUCUGGUCUGGUUGAGGAAAAUGGAAGAGAGAAAGAAACAGGGGGGGACUGGGGGGAAGGCAAAUGCAAUGGUUUGUAAUGAUACAACGGAUUGGAGCAUUCGCAUGGAAAUGGAUAUGGGAAUAGGAACAAGAAGCACAAGACGGAGAGGAGAGCAAGGAGAAUAGGACUUGGCCCUUCCACUCCAUACUGUGUCAUUCUUAGCUUGUCUUUUCCUAGGGGGAUUGAGGGGGUUUCCGUGGGUUGUACGAUACAUGUGGGAAGGGGAUAGAACAGAAUGCAUUUUCGCUUUUUUAUUCAUU